AUGCCGGCGCAACAGAUCAACCAACCCUCAAACCAAAUCAAACUCACCAACGUCAGUCUGGUCCGCCUAAAGAAAGGCAAGAAAAGAUUCGAAGUCGCAUGCUACAAAAACACCGUCACAUCCUUCCGCGCCGGCAACGAAACCGACUUCGACAAUGUGCUCCAAAUCCCCAACGUCUUCCUCAACGUCUCCAAAGGCCAAGUCGCACCGAACGAGGAGCUGAAGAAAGCGUUCCCUGGCAUGACACGAGACGAAGUGGUGAUGGAGAUUUUGACAAAGGGCGAAAUUCAAGUAGGCGAGAAGGAGCGAUCGCAGGAGUUGGAUCGGGUGCAUAAGGAGGUUAUUGAUAUUGUUGCGGGGAGGUUGGUGGAUCCGAAGACGAAGAGGGUGUAUACGACGGGUAUGAUUGAGAAGGCACUGGAUCAACUAAGCAGUCAAGGAGGACACGCUGGACGGAGUGCUGGCAAGGCGAAGGCGGAAGCCAAUGACAGGAGCAAGAGCAGAGAUCAGACUCCCGCCGCCGCGAUAGACUCAGGCUCAAAUACCCCCUCAAGAACGAACGGGCAGGCAGAAGGAGGCGAUAACCCUGCUGAGAAACCAAAACCCAAAUGGACUGGAGUGACAACCUCGAAGAACGCCAAAUCCCAAGCCCUCGACGCCAUGAAGGCACUCAUCGCACAUCAACCUAUUCCCGUUGCACGGGCGAGGAUGAGGCUACGCAUAACCUGUCCCAACGGCGUCCUGAAGCAGACGGUAAAGACGCCAGCCAAGUCAGAAAGCGAGGAACCCACUACUGGAACUGUCAAAGACAAGAUCCUAGGCUUCGUCGAGCAAGUCGAGAACCAAGAUGUCGCGGGCGAGGAAUGGGAGUGCGUGGGAUUCGUCGAGCCAGGAAGUUUCAAGACACUCAGCGACUUUGUGAGCACGCAUACCAAGGGCAGGGCGAGGGUGGAAGUGCUGGAUACGACGGUCACGCAUGAGGAUUAG